AUGGCCGAGCAUCCCAUCAACUCCAAGCACUGGCACGACGUGUACGGCGAGCCACGCCCGCGCACAGAUCAUCCGCUGCGCAGCGUCUCCGUCGACGAGCUCACGGCGCUCGUGCAGAGCGGCACGCAGCGCGCCGGCACGGACUUCCUCGUCGUUGAUGUGCGCCGCGCCGACUGCGAGACGCUCAUCCCGGGCGCCAUCAACCUGCCGGCGCACUCGCUGCCCGCGGCGCUGCCCGGCCUGCUGCCGCUGCUCUCGCGCGUGCCGCUCGUUGUCUUUCAUUGCAACCGCUCCAACGGGCGUGGCCCGCGCAGCGCAGGCUGGUACGCCGACGCCCUGCAGGCGCACCUGGCGCUCAGCGACGCAGACGUCAGCGCCCGCGUCGCCAUCCUCGCCGGCGGCAUCGUCGCGUGGGAGGAGAGGCACGGCGUCGGCGAGCUCAGCCGGCGCGGCAAGCAGGACGGCCUCAAGACUGUGCAGCUCUAG